AUAUUUUAGUUCUUAGUUCAUACAAAAUUCUGGUGUUUUGAAUACUUGAAACAUUUUUUUUUAUUAUUUCCUUGGCAACUUUCUAUCUUUGCAAAAGUAAACCCUGAACUCCUUGAGAUUAAUCAUGUCUCUUUUACUUUUACAGAUCUCACGAUGUCUCCGAAAAGUCUUCUGGCAUGCUUGAGUCUCCUGGUGCUCUGCACAGCGAGAGUUGAGAGCGUCAUUAACAGAGUCCCUUCGGACCUCUCAGGAGCGCCGCUUUUGGAAACGGCGAAGAUGUGGAAUCUGCUGUACUACGAUUUCCCGCCAAACUGGCCGAGUUCUGACCCAGACUUCUACAAUCCUGCCCAAGUGGUCGCGACAGGUAUCGAAGUGACUCACGACAGAUUCUUCCUAGCCACGCCGCGACUGUUCUCCGGAGUUCCUGCCACACUCAGCACGGUUUCCAGGCUCGACGAAGGCGACUCUCCCGUCUUGACUGCCUAUCCCGAUUGGAGUCACCACGCGGCCGGCACGAAGAGCUACAAUUGCAGUGAUAUUGGUCUCGUGUCGGUCUAUCGGAUGAAGCUGGACAAAUGCAAUCGCCUGUGGGCGCUCGAUGCCGGAGUUUCGCGCUCUCUUGAGGACUUCGAAGUCAGCUGCCCGCCGAAGAUUCUCGUCUACGACACGGACACCGACAACGUCGUGAGGCGGAUCGAUUUCCCACCCGAAGUGGUCAGAGGAGAGUCUCUCUACACGAAUCUCAUCAUCGACGACACCAGCUCUAAGAUUGAGAAUCACUGCGACGAUGUCUUCGUGUACAUUACAGACACUGUGGAGCCAGCGAUUGUCGUGUACGACAGCGGGCACGAUGUCACAUGGAGACUUUCCCAUCCGUCUAUGUAUCCCGAUCCCAAUUUCGCCGAAUCGAGCAUUCAUGAGCACAGAUUCACGCUGAUGGACGGCAUUGUGGGCAUCGCCUUCGAUCGCGACGCGAACGUGAUCUACUACCAGCCUCUGGCCACCGACCGGCUGUUCUCGGUCCCCACAGCGGCGCUCAGGAGCGGACCACUCUCUUGGGGCGCAGAGCUGCCCGUGAAGCUCGUGGGCAGGAAGAGUUCCCAAGGCCUGGGCAUCACCUGCGCGCCCAAGGGAGGCAGCAUCUUCUUCAGUCCCUUCACAGCAACAGCCAUUGGAGAGUGGAAUCCUCUCACAAACCAUCAAAAUGUUGUCGCCUUUGAUUCCGAACGUCUUCAGUUCGUGGCUGAUCUUAUGGCACCAUCCCGUGACCCAGGAACCCUCUAUAUUCUCUCAUCGAAAUUCCAUAGAUUUUUCCUAAAGAAUCUCGACUCCGGAGAGGUUAAUACGAGAAUCCUCAGAAUUCGUGGCGCGGUUUAUGAGUCUCCUGACGACUCAGAAUUCCUGCCACUUAUCGAGCAGAGCUUCCCAGCAGUCUCCACCACCAGCCUGCCCUACAGGGCUCCUGUUGCCGGCUUCAAGACCUCUUUCACGCUCAAUCAUCCCCUCACGCCCGUGCACACAGGCAAGCCGACGUCCUACAUUGAACGCUACUUUGGCACAUCUCGCCAUGAAACGCCCUACAACUUCGAGAGCGUGGGCGUGAUCAACAAGCAGGUGAGAAGUCCAUUCGCCAGGCUCAAUAUGGGAGAGAAACCACGAGCGCCACCGGCGCCCAGCUCCCUGCAGGAACUCCACAAGUUCGACGGCAGGAGCGUCUUGUACUCCACACAGAUCGAGCACCACCGAGGACCGCCCAGAGAUUACCGCGGACGUCGAUACACGCGACAGUCCACCCGCCAAGUCCUUUACAACAGCACCCUGGAUUUCUAA